AUGGCUAAAGGAAAGAGUUUGUUCUUUGCCUUUGUAGACCUAGAAAAGGCAUUUGAUCGCGUUCCUCGCGAUAUCUUAUGGUGGGCAAUGCGUUCCCUGGGCCUUCCGGAGUGGUUCGUAAGUACAAUACAAGCAAUGUACUCCCAUGCCUCAAGUAGAGUGUGCGUCAGCAAUUCCCUUAGUGACAGCUUCAAGGUACAAGUUGGUGUCCACCAAGGCUCUGUGCUCAGUCCGUUCCUUUUCAUUGUAGUACUUGAAGCCCUUUCUGCAGACCUCCGUAGUGGUUGUCCAUGGGAGUUACUCUAUGCAGACAACCUAGUAAUCUCCUCAGAUUCUUUAGACACACUCCUGGCGAAGCUGCGCAUCUGGAAACAGGGGUUAGAGUCAAAGGGGCUCCGUGUUAACAUGAGCAAGACUAAGAUCCUGAUGUCUGGCCCUGACUUGAAUUCCUUGAGAGACUCUAGAAAGUUCCAUUGUGCUGUAUGCAGGAAGGGUGUGAGGAGUAACUCCAUCUUCUGCAGUGGGUGUUCUCUUUGGGUGCACAAGAAGUGCAGCAACAUCCCUGGUAGGUUAACCCCCAACCCAUUAUUCAGAUGCAGACCCCUUGCUGAAGUGAUAGUGGACGAACAGCGCCUGGAAGUUGUUGACUCUUUCUGCUACCUCGGUGACACCAUCUGUGCUGGAGGUGGCUGCGAGGCGGCCAUAAUUACCAGAACAAGAUCUGCCUGGGGAAAAUUCAAAGAGCUCCUUCCAGUUCUAUCAAGCAAAAGCCUAUCACUCCGCACAAUAGGGAAGGUUUACAGCAGCUGCGUCAGGAGUGCCAUGCUCUAUGCUGGGGAAUGUUGGGCUCCUAAGAGCAGUGACCUAGCAAGGCUGCAGAGAAGCGAACGUGCAAUACUUAGAUGGAUGUGCGCACUGAAACCCAAAGAUGACACAAGUUUGAGCACCAUUCGUGACAGGCUUGGGAUCGAAAGCUUGGAACUGGCUCUCCGGAAAGCUCGCCUCCGGUGA